AUGCCAACGGACGGUGAAGACGUUGACAAUGCUAUCGUCAAUAAUCCAGCCGCGCCACCGGCACCUGCUCCUGCCACGCCAUUUGGUCACGGUACGGAAACCACCGACGUAAACAGUUUCGCAGCACGAGUGCAAGUACCGCAGCUAAGCGGGUUCUCCCUGCAGAGCAUCGAAUCAUGGUUCACUCGACUUGAAGCAUUCUUUGGGAUCAAUAACUUUGGAAAGAUGAACCAAGAUCAACGCGACAACACAAAAUUCAACAUAGCAGUCAUGUAUAUGGAUGAACGUCUUCACGAGCAAGCAUUUGAUGUCGUACGGAACCCACCUGCAAAGUGUAAGUACGAGGCGUUACGCACGACAAUUUUGAGCAAAUUUUCCGUUUCGCCGAUUGCCCGCCUGGAGCAGUUGACUUCCGGUAUUCAACUGGGCGACAAAAAGCCAAGUCAUAUGUUAACACAACUUCAGCGAACUGGAGUUACAUCCGACAAGCAACUCAUCAAAGAUUUUUGGCUGCAAAAGUUACCUGUAUCAGCACGGGCAGUCAUCACCGGCAUAGACAAGGGUAAUCCAGAAAUGACGCUGGAACAACUAGCGUCAAUAGCUGACGAGAUAAUUGACGUAGUACGCGCGAACUCAGUGGAUGCAGUCACUGCCCGCAACCCCCAAGACCAGACCGUGAAUAACACGACAACGCCUUGUGGUAGCAAUUCGUCGAUCGAAAGCCGAAUUGAACGCAUUGAACGGGCUCUUUCACGCAUAGAGACGAGCACUAAGCGGGAUAGCAAUCGCAGAUCUCGUUCUCACAGUCGUAACAAAGGCGCCAUGCGCACCUCGUCCAACUCCCAGCAAGUUAUCUGUUGGUACCACAAGCGAUUCAGCGACCAAGCGCAGAAAUGUAAUUCACCGUGCAACUAUAAAUCAACAAAAAACUAA